ACAGAGCUGGUCACGUGACGCCGUGUUUACAGACCUACUUCCUGUUUACUUAAGGGAAGGGAUGUUCUACUUAGCAUGAUAAAGGCUGUGGGUCACAUUAGUUCCCAACUUGAACCUCCUAAUGGAGCUAACUCAUGGCUUCUUGCUGCUGCUGUGCAGCUCGGUUCUGAUCGCAGCGGCUCCGACCGGAAGUAGCUACCUGUCCGGAACAGGUAGGUUUUGGCACAUCACUGACCUCCACCUGGACCCCUCCUACCACCUGAACCAGGACCCCACCAAGGUCUGCUUCUCCUCUAAAGGGGCCCCCGCCACCCACGCCGGUGUGUUUGGGGACUUCCUGUGUGACUCUCCCUACAGCCUCAUCCAAUCAGCCUUCAGUAGCAUGGCGCCGCUCACACAGCAGCAGGACUUCAUCAUAUGGACCGGGGACAGUCCACCUCAUGUCCCUCCUGAGGAGCUGUCCACAGACCUGGUGAUCCAGGUGAUCGGUAACAUGACGCAGACCAUCAGACAGCACUUCCCCAACCUGACGGUCUACCCGGCUCUGGGGAACCACGACUACUGGCCACAGGACCAGAUGCCUGCAGCCACUAAUGAGAUCUACAAAGCUGCUGCAGCUCUCUGGAAACCCUGGCUGGACGCAGACGCUCUGCUCACCCUGUCACACGGUGGCUUUUACUCCCAGCUGGUUAAACCCGGUUUACGCCUGGUGAGUCUCAACACCAUCCUUUACUACGGUCCUGAUGAAGUCACGCUCAACAUGACCGACCCGGCCGGACAGUUCCAGUGGCUGGAGAAGACUCUGGAGAAAGCUGCUCUGAAUCUGGAAAAAGUGUACGUCAUCGCUCACGUUCCGGUGGGAUUCCUGCCUUUUUUCGGAAACACCACCGCUAUGAGGAAAGCCCACAACGAGAGGCUGGUCUCCAUCUUCAGGAAGUUCAGUCGCGUUGUAGCGGGACAAUUUUAUGGCCACACCCACAGAGACAGCAUCAUGGUGCUGCUGGACAAGCACGGUAAACCUGUGAAUUCCCUCUUCGUGUCUCCGGCUGUCACACCAAUCAGAGACGUCCGGGAGGAAUAUUCCAACAAUCCGGGAUUCCGGGCGUACCUGUACAACAGCAACGACUACAGCGUCUCGGACAUCUGGCAGUACUACUUGAACCUGACGGAAGCCAACGAGAAACAAAGGUCCGACUGGAAGCUUGAAUACAUCAUGACUGAAGCUUUUGGACUGACCGACCUGAAGCCACCAAGUCUCCUCCAGCUGGGCCUGAGCUUCAUGCUGCCUCAGGCCAAGAGCUUUGAGGAAUACUUCACCCACUUCAUGGUGAGCUACGACCGCAGCAUCACCUGUGAUGGGGACUGUAAGACCAGGCAGGUGUGUGCGGUUCUCCACCUGGACCAACAGUCCUACUCCAGAUGUGUGGUGGGUAGAAACCCGUAGAGGUCUUUAUUUGUCUUUAAUUCUAAGAGAAUCACACUAAAGGGACAUUAUGUUGUAUUUGAUGGUUUUAGGUGAUAAAAUAUGAGAAUGUUUUAUUUCUAACUGAUUUAAAAAAAAUUUAAGAACCACAUAUGGAUCCAACAGUGAUGAACCAAACACAGCUCAGCCUCCCAGCUCAGGAAAGCAGGUCCUUAUUAAUCUGAGCUGAAAUCCGGAUAUCUGAGGGAUCUAAACUGGGGGGGAAAAAGUAAUUAAUUAAACAAAAAAAUUCUUAGAAAUCUGAAGAAGUUUUAUUACUAAUUGAAAGAUUAUUACUAUUAUUUAUUAUUAUGAAUAAAAUUCCCUUUAUGACAUUAAAUUAAAGCUCAGAGUCGUGUUCUGUAAUAGUUCAGAGUCCUAACCAAACAAAGUGAGCAGAUAAUCUCUGAGGCUCAGAUUUAGCUUCAUUAAAAGCAAAAUCCAGACUAAAAACAUGAAAAAUGGAGGAAAAGCAGGAAACUGUCAUGUAACUUUUUACUGUUAAAGGGGUUGGAUUCAUUCUCAGGACAUGAAUAAAAUAUCCACGCCGCACGUUUGUUUCUUCCUGCAGAAAUCGAUGCACUUUACUUUGACCGUGUUUUAAUUCUUAGAGCAUCAAAUAAGAAAAGCUCUGUGAGUUUUUGGGUAUCGAAGCUUCUGGUGAUUCUGCGGCAUUUCUUUGUUUUAAAGGUUUUUACAGUUAAACGCAGUGAUGUGAUCAUGGAAAUGUUCAGGAUUGUUUCAGGGUUAAUGAAAAUAAUCUAAAUCAGAUUUAAGCCCUGCAGGAUUCACAGAUUAGAGCGAGUUCCAACUAAAGGUGCUUCAGGUCACACAAGGACAGGACCAACAAACAAACACUGUGAGUGUGAGUGAGAUGUGUGUUCUAUCAUAUUAAACUCGUUGAGUUUGUGGUCAUUAAAAAGGUCGAAUGAACACAUGAAAUGUGUCGUUUAAAACCUGCUGCUGAUUAAAAAUGGAAAACUUUGUGAAAACAUCA